AUGGACACUGCGCGGCGCACCGUGCGCGGCUCCCCGGCGCUGCUGCUGCUGCUGCUCGGCACCGUGCGCAUCGACGGCUACCGGCCCGUGGUCAUCGUGCACGGCAUCUUCGAUGGACCGAAACAGUUCAAGACGUUGUCUCAGUUCAUCACCGAGAUGCAUCCUGGGACGGAGGUGUCAGUGAUCGACCUGUACGACAACCUGCACAGUCUGAGGUCGCUGUGGACGCAGGUCCAGGACUUCCGGAAGGCCCUCGACGCCAUCACGCUCAAAGCUCCCGACGGUGUCCACCUGCUGUGCUUCUCCCAAGGUGGGCUCAUCUGUCGGGCUCUCCUCUCAUUGGCUCCUCGCCACAACGUGCACGCCUUCGUGUCUCUGUCGUCGCCUCUCUCCGGGCAGUACGGAGACACAGACUACCUGAGGUGGUUGUUCCCCAGCUUCAUCAAGAACAAGGUGUUUCGAGUCUGCUACAGCAGCGUGGGCCAGAAGGUGUCCGUCUGCGACUACUGGAACGACCCUCACCAGAGGUACCGCUACCUGCAGAGCAACACCUUCCUGCCGAUGCUUAACGGCGAGAGACCUCACCUCCUCCAGAAAGAGUGGAGGGAGAACUUCCUGCUCAUCAAGAAGCUCGUGCUGAUUGGAGGACCGGACGACGGCGUCAUCACACCGUGGCAGUCCAGCCACUUUGGAUUCUACGACAUCGACGAGAACAUCGUGGAAAUGAGGAACCAGGAGUUCUACAAGAGUGACAGGUUUGGUCUGAAGACGCUGGCGGCUCGCGGCGACGUGUCGGUGUGCGUUCGCUCCGGAGUGAAACACGUCGAGUGGCACUCCAACCGCACGGUGUUCACCGGCUGCAUCGAGAGGUGGCUGACAUGA